AUGAGCUCUGCAUGCUUUGCAGCGCACAAGAGACUUGGCUUGUGUACGGGCCGCCCCCCAAAGUGGCCUCGAGGCCCCACGAACGAGCUGCACAACGCUGCAGGUAGCGGUUGCGUCCUGCAUACAGCGGCGCUGCUCUCAGGAGAUGAAGAGUUCUCGCAUAAAGGACAUGGCUGUUGUGCUAAACACGAAACCGGAACUUCGGCUGGGGAGAUAGAUAUCAACGAGGGUGAUGAAACGGGCACGACACCCCUCAUGUACGCCGCUCAAUAUGCGCACUAG